AUGACAACAUUCACUGCAGGAAAACCAUCCCCUAGCAAAAAUGAUACGAAGAAUGCGUCUCUUGCAGUGAAGAGCAGACAACAAGUUAUUAACGAGGUCAACAAGCGAAGGACCCUGUUACAGGAUAACAGCUGGAUAAAGAAAAGACCAGAGGAUGAAAACACUGAUGAGAACUAUGGCAGAGUGGUCCUUAAUCAAUACAAAUCGCAAGACGGUUUGCACAGGACCACAGAUGAAAAUGAUGAUCAAAAAGCUUUGCUUAGCCGAUUCAGAUCUGAUACUACUUUAGACAGGGUUUCUGGCAACAUUGAUGCUGACAAGGCAAAUAAGCUUCCUGGUUUAGAUAGCAGAGCAAGUAAGAGCAAGGAGACUGAUAUAUCUGCCAACACAGGCAAUGUCAUAUCACCUGUGAAGAAGAAAAGACAGUCAUGGAUGCCUCCUCCAGUUUCAAACCCGAAGGCUGAUGCAGACAACGCGGACCAACACAAAAGAGUUCCUACUACUUCAGACAAAUCAGGAGGACCAAAGAUGACCAUCUAUUCAUCAGAACCAUCUCCAAAGUCAAAAGCUGUUGGGAAUGACCAUCCCAUAACUAGGCAGAUAUGUCCAGCGAAACCCAGUGAAUCGGAUGCAAACAGUCUCAGAACUGUGACUACAGAGAGAACUCGGAGCCAAGACCUGGAAAAUCUCAUUCAAGCCAAAGCCACCAGUGACAAAAGUGAUCAAAGAAGACAAGACUUGAACAGUCUCAUCAAAGUCAAAGCCACCAGGGAUAAAAGUGAGCAGGAGGGAAGAAACUUAGAUGACCUCAUCACUGUGAGUAACACUGCACAGAAAAGCAGAAGAAACCAAGAGCUGGAUAAUCUCAUCAAAGUAAAAUCAUCUUCUGUGGAUCAAAAUAAAAAACGGGCACCUGAGCAAGAUUUUGAAUCUGCCAACAUUCCAGGCUCUCAAUCAGAGAAGGACCAUUCACACCAGGUUGCAAGAGGAUCCAGCUAUAAUGCCUCAAGCAGUUAUUCACUUCCAAAGGACACUAUUGUGUACACCAGAACAUAUGAGAAUAGCCGAAUCCCCCAUGAUGCUUAUGAAGACAACAUCUCUAGAAAAUCUAUUAAAACAGUUUACUCUACUUCUGACAGGGCUGUUAUCGAAAAAGAAAUGUGCACUUACUGCCGGAAGCCCUUGGGCACAGACACGAAGAUGAUUCUCGAUGCCUUGCAGAUUUGCUGCCAUGCAACUUGUUUCAAGUGCGAAGUCUGCAAAGGUCCUUUGGAAGAGCUGAAGGCAGGAGACAGCAUCUGGAUUUACAAGAAUACAGUGCACUGCUCACCGUGCUAUUCGGACGUGAAAGCUUCAUGGGUCUACUAAUUUUUACUGAAGCCCAAUCAAGUAUAAUCUCAGAUGAUCAGCUGCAUGCAUUUAUCUUUGAAAAUCAUAUGC